AGGAGCCUCAAGGGGCCGAUGCUUGGGAUCGCCCUACCCUUCGCCGGCCUACCCUCUUUCCGUGACCCGCAUUGUCUAUCACAUUCCCAAUCUACCGACAUGCCAAAGUGGUUUUAAUGAAGUGCUGUUUCCCCAUCCGUUCAGCUUCUUUUCUUCCUUUUCCUUCUCAUCCCGUACAUUUCGUGUCCAACUCCGAAUUCAAAGCGCCGGUCUGCUUCCCUGUGGGAUCAUCGUCAUCACUCCUUUUUCAAAUAUAUUGUAAUUCUUGUAAUACCCAGGUGGGAAAUUUAUUUUAGAACAGCCAGACUGGUCUUGCUUUCAUUUUUACUAUUUUUGACGAAACGCUCUUUUUUUUCGACGAAAAUUCAAACACCCCACGUUUGUCGCCUUUCUAACUCGAAACGAACACGGAGAUCAAAAUACCUAAACAACAACAUUAAUCAGACAAUAUGCCUUCCAUUAUGAAGAUUGCGGGUGCUGUGGCAGGAUUCGCCGCCGUGGCUUGUGCUCUACCAGCUCAGCCCAAGUUGACGUCAAGACAAAACCACAUCUACAGCCUGGCCAAGCGUCAAAACGCAGCCGCUGCUGCCCUCGGCCUAGCAGAUGUCGAUAUCCUUCAAUUCGCCCUAACUUUAGAAUGGCUUGAGGCUUCCUUCUACCAGCAAGGCUUUGCCCAGUUCGGAGACGACCAAUUCUUGGCCCUCGGCUUGAACGAGGUCCAACUCGCCGACCUCAAGGGUAUUGGCGCCAGUGAGAACGCCCACGUCGGCUUCCUACAAAGCUCCAUCGCACAGGCCGGUGUCCAACCUGUCCAGCCUUGCCAGUACAACUUCGGCUUCACCGACGCCGCGGGCAUGGUCGCCACCGCCUCCGUUCUCGAGAGCGUCGGCGUCUCAGCCUACCUCGGCGCCGCCCCCCUCGUCUCAGACGCCAAGAUCCUCAGCGCGGCUGGCUCCAUCCUCACGAUCGAAGCUCGACACCAGUCGUUCAUCCGGGUGGCCUCCGGCGUCGCCGCGUCCCCGUCCCCCUUCGACACGCCCCUGGGCCCCAAGGCCGUGUUCUCGCUCGCCGCGCCCUUCAUCACGUCGUGCCCCGCCGGCUCGAACCUGAUCCUGACGGCGUUCCCGACGCUGAAGCUGACCUCGCCGGCUCCGGCAGCCGGCGUCAUGGCGCUCGCGCAGGGCACGAUGCUCAGCUUCGAGAGCGAGGCCGCGUCCGGCGCCGCCUUCUGCGGCUUCACCAACUCCGCCGCCCCCGGCGGCACCGCCUUCUCCCCCUUCGACCCCGCCCAGGGCUGCGCGCUCGCCCCCAACUUGGCCGGAACCGUCUACGUCACCCUGACCAGCGCCGCGCCCACCGAUGGCGUCCUGACCGACGACAUCACGGUCGCGGGCCCCAUGGUCAUGAACCUCAGCUAA